GUAAAAUUGCUGAAGUGAUGUCACAGCUGGGAACAGCUCCUGAUAAACUGCUGGGGAAUGCCAGGGUUCUUCCAGCACAGAUUGGGUCUAACACUGUUAGAUUGGGUCUAACACUGCUCCUGCCCAGGUGCUGCUUCAGGGAACCCCUGUUUGCAAGGUAAGAGAAAUCAGUUUACUCUUUGCUCUGGCGUUGUGGUGGUGCGAGCUUCCUGUGCGACUCACGGCUCCCGUACGUAGCAAACACUUCCCCACCUCUGAGCAGAAGGGAAACCAGAGAUUUUCUCCCCAGUCCUGCUGCUCUCCAGAGGCCACAUCACCUCAGCACCCCAGGGUCUGCUCUGCACACCCACCACCUCACAAACAGGCACAAAUCCACUUGGCUUCAAAACCUCAGCCACAGCCAGAAUGUUUAAAAAACUCACCAAAUUCAUUGUAAAUCAAAUGGAUCCGUGCAAAGAAUUGGAUCCUGUUGAGAGCAUCGUACACAAUGAGCACUUCAGGCCUCUCUAUCUACUGAAAAAAAAAAGCAAACCAAAAACUGUAUUUCAUCGAGCUCCCUACUACCAGAGAACAGGCUUCACACUGGAUGAUGUGCUGCUGCCUGGAGAAGAUGGUACAAGCAUAGAGUCACUCCAUCAAGAGUCCAGCCAAUUCACUCUCACAAAAGUCAGUGCUGACCAAGCUGAUGGAGGUCUCAACAUUUCAUUUGACCCUACAAAUGUGGAGCUGAAAGGAGGUGCCUCCUUGUCCAAAGAGUUUUCCAUUACGCCACAGAAGAAGAGCAUAUCACAGCAAUACCUGGAGGCACUGAGAAAAGAAAGGGAAAUCAACAUGGAUCACUCCUUCAUCCGACAGCUCCAGAGAACAGACAUCAGGCUGUACGUGGUCACUGAAACCCUCGAGGCCUCAGAGGAGGCCGUGUACAAGGAAUCCACCAAGGCAGACGGGGGCUUCAAGGCCAAAUUUUAUGCUUCACUUUGUGCACAGAGCAACAGGGAGGACAAACAAAGCAUAGUGAUACCCAAGGGCUGCACUCUGGCCUUCAGGACCAUCCCACUGCACAUUAGAGAUGGAAAAUGGGAUCUGGAUUACUUCCCAGCAGAAGCUGUGAGAAGCCAAGCUUAUAUAGCUGAUGGUCCCUCAGCAGGAAAAUUAGGAGAAGUCAGGACAGAAGUUCGUUAUUCCUGCCGAAUUUUCCCCGAGUUGUCUCCUGACCUGCUGCUCAUCAUCUUAAACACCAUCAAAGCUGUGAUGAGAGAUGAGAACCUCCUUCAAGAGCUCAGCCAGAAAAUGGAAGAGGUUCUUGAGGAAAAUGAUGGUUAUGAGCUGAAAACUGAAAGCCCAGAUUUAAAAGAACUCUUCAGCACCUUGCAGCAAUCUCCAAGGCAUCAUCUCCUUCAGCUGGCAGAAGGAAUCACCUACGUCCUGGAUGCUUUGCAGGAGUUAACAGAGGAUCAGCUGCUGCUGCUGCUGGAAUCCUUGGAAAGGAAGAUUGUGUCCCAACAGCUGAACCUGGUUGAAAAUCUCCUGAAACAUGACCUGGAUAAGGAGAAGGAGACUUUUCUUGUGGAUGCCAGCGUGCUCUUCUCACAGGAGGAGGACCAGAUGUUAACCAUUGCCCUGGUGGAGCUGAGUGGAGUGCAGCUCCAGGAAAAUGGAUCAGUUAUCCCUAGGGCUCAACCCUUCGAGGCCAUAGCUGCCCUGUUUGUGGCCCUGUAUGCCCUUAACUUCCUGAGUGGCUCCAGGUCCCUGGCCCAGCCCACAGAACCCCUCGGUGAGGUCUUGUGAAAUCUCUGCUAACAAGCCAGUUUUCUCUCCCAACACCAUCCUUGUUAAUAAUCAAGGCUGAUUUGGCUGGCAAAAGGAAAUUUAAGGCAGGAAAUUCACUAUGGGUACUAAAGGUUGGAUGUCAAAGUGGAUUUGUUUCACUGACACCUCCCUGGUCCCAGCAUUGCCAUCAUCCCUGAGAUGUUCAAUGGACACAUGGAGCAUUUUGGAGCAAUCAUACUCUCGUUAUCACUCUAUAAAUAAAGAAGAUUUUUGAUACAUAA